CGUGCCCGUCCCUCCUGCUGCAGAGACACAUGGCGGAGCUGCUCUCUCUGGAUAAAGACAUGGCCGCCUCCUUCCUCAAUUCUGUUCUCAACCAGCUCAACUGGGCCUUUUCAGAGUUUAUAGGCAUGAUCCAGGAGAUUCAGCAGGCAGCUGAACGUCCUGAGCGUAACUUUGUGGACACAAGGCAGCUGAAGGUGUGCGCUACGUGUUUCGACCUUUCGGUCAGCCUGCUGCGGGUCCUAGAGAUGACAGUCACCCUGGUCCCACAGAUCUUCCUCGACUGGACACGCCCCUCCGCUGAACUGCUGCUCAGACGAUUGGCUCAGCUUCUGAACCAGGUGUAAACAGAGUGACCGCAGAGAGGAACCUCUUCGACCCGUGUGGUCAACCUCCGUCUCCCAGGCCUAGAGAGCGUCGACCACUAUCCCAUCCUAGUGGCUGUAACAGGGAUUCUGGUGAGAAUCCUGGUGGACUGUGAGAGACAAGGGGUGUCGCGUGCGGCUUCAGUGCUGUUGUCUGAUCCGUGCUUUCAGCUGCACUCCAUCCAGCACCUCCUGGGGGAAGGAGAGACCUCUCCGGCUGCAGCAGUGCUCCCCCAAACCCCCACAGUACACCCAGGAGACCCUGCUGCAGCACCCGCAGAACGUAAACACUUCUCCCUGC